AUGGACUCCUCCGACGACGAGUGGGUCGUCCUCUGCACCGACAACCCCGCCGACUCCUCGGACGACGACCGCGGCGUCCUCGCGCUCCCCGCCUCCACCUCCCCCCUCUCCCUCUCCUCCUCCGACGACGACGAGGACGACGACGACGGCCUGCGGUCGGCGGGGUCGGAGGAGGAGGACCCGUUCGAGGUGGACGAGGACGAGGACGCGUCGCCGGGGCAGCGGCUCACGCGGCCGCUCUCGGGCAUGUUCCACCACACGCCCUCCGACUCGGUCGCCUACGCGGCCUUCGACCCCGUGCGCAGCGCCAAGCAGCUCAUCCCGGACCCGGCCUUCUCCGCCUUCCCGGAGCGGGUCUCGGUGCUCGCCUCGUCGCGCGGCCUCGUCUGCCUCCGCGGCUGCGCCACCGGCUUCUACUACGUCGCCAACCCGCUCACCUUCCGCCGCGUGCGCCUCCCGUACCAGAACCGCGACCACCGCCUCGACGCCGACCCGGCCGUCGUCAUCACCUUCGAGGACGACGAGGACGCCGCCGGCCAAGUCGGCCUCGGCGCCGGCUUCCGCCACUACCACGUCGUCGUCACCUACCAGGUCCACGACGGCGUCUGGGCCGUCGAGUCUUUCUCCACCCGCACCUGGGACUGGCGCGUCGGGGACGACAUCUGCGCGCCCGAGACGGUCGUCGCGCAGUCCGGGGUCGGCGCGCGGGGACGCGCCUUCUUCCGCACCACCAUCGGCCACAUCCUCUGCUACACCCCGGAGACGGGCUGCGUCGACCUCAUCCCCGCGCCCCAGGAGGUCGAGGACCGCAAGGACUGGGAGAUCGGCGAGAUGGAGGGCAACUUCAGCGUCGCCUGCGUCGACCAGGCCACCAAGGAGGUCGCCGUGCUCUACAUGGUGCCCGGCGACGGCGCCGACCAGGUCACCUGGGCCUGGGCGGGCCAGUUCCACGCCAACAAGAUGGGCUACCAUGACAGGAUGACCCUGCUCCGCUCCCAGGGCGCCGCUGAGGUGGUCAUGUGGGAUCCUCUCGAGCAGCUCGUGCUCGCCGUCGACUUCGAUGGCAGGGUCACCCGCUCCAUCGGCCCCCUCUCCGGCGGGAUGUACUACUCGGAUUUCAUCCCCUACGUCAACUCAUACGCCGACAUCUACAGCGAGGAGGAGGUGGGUUCUGUGUUCAAGACGAAUGAUGAAGCCGUGACCUUCCAAGAAAGGAAAGGAUUUGCUGAUGAUGGAGAAGGAAUAAUGAAGCUUCCAGAUCUGUGCAGCAUAAGGGAGAGCUAUGUUCUCCCUUAUUGCUACCUAGUAGGUGUUUUUGUCUGCCAUGUACAUACAUAG